GUAAAUGCCCAGGGCGGUCGUUAUGGCAAUGCACUGCAAGCAGCUGCAGGUCACGGGAACGAAUCGGUUGUGCGGCUUCUCCUGGAGAGUGGAGCAGAGGUGAAUGCUCCGGGUGGUGAGUAUGGAAAUGCGUUACAAGCAGCUUCAGCGGUGCCAAAAAAAACAGUUGUGCGUCUUCUCCUCGAACGUGGGGCAGAGGUGAAUGCUCAGGGUGGCCAUUACGGUAACGCACUGCAAGCAACCGCAUGCCACGGGAAUGAAUCGGUUACGCGGCUCCUCCUCGAGC